AACAGAGGCUUCUCCCGAAAGAGCCACGCGUUCCUGCCCAAGAUCUUCCUCCGCAAGAUGUCCUCCGCGGGCGCCAGGGACAAGCCCGAGCUGCAGUUCCCGUUCUUCCAGGACGAGGCCACGGUGGCCGCGCUGCACGAGUGCAAGACCCUCUUCGUCCUGCGCGGCCUCCCGGGCAGCGGCAAGUCCACGCUGGCGCAGGCCAUCGUGGACAAGUACCGCGACGGCACCAAGCUGGUGUCCGCCGACACCUACAAGAUCACGCCCGGCCCUCGGGGGCCCUUCUCCGAGGAGUACAAGCGGCUGGACGAGGACCUGGCCGCCUACUGCCGCCGUGACGUCAGGGUGCUGGUGCUUGACGAUACCAACCACGAGCCCGAGCGGCUGGAGCAGCUCUUCGACCUGGCUGACCAGUACCAGUACCAGGUGCUGCUGGUGGAGCCCAAGACGGCGUGGCGGCUGGACUGUGCCCAGCUCAAGGAGAAGAACCAGUGGCAGCUGUCGGCCGAGGACCUGAAGAAGCUCAAGCCCGGCUUGGAGAAGGACUACCUGCCGCUCUACUUCGGCUGGUUCCUGACCAAGAAGAGCUCUGAGGCCCUCCGCAAGGCCGGCCAGGUCUUCUUGGAGGAGCUGGGGAGCCACAAGGCCUUCAGGAAGGAGCUCCGACACUUCGGCCCUGGGGACGAGCCCCGUGAGAAGAUCGACCUGCUCACCUACUUUGGGAAGAGACCCCCGGGGGUGCUGCACUGCACCACCAAGUUCUGUAACUACGGGAAGGCGCCCGGUGCCGAGGAGUACGCCCAGCAGGAGGCGGUGAAGAAGGGCUACGGCAAGGCCUUCACGCUGACCAUCUCCGCCCUCUUCGUGACGCCCAAGACGGUGGGGGCCCGCGUGGAGCUGGGCGAGCAGGAGCUGCAGCUCUGGCCAGGGGACGUGGACAAGCUGUCCCCCUCCGACAACCUGCCCCGCGGCAGCCGCGCCCACAUCACCCUGGGCUACGCGGCCGACGUGGAGGCGGUGCAGACCGGGCUCGACCUGCUGGAGAUCGUGCGGCAGGAGAAGGGGGGCAGUCGCGGCGAGGAGGUGGGUGAGCUGUCCCGAGGCAAGCUCCUCUCGCUGGGCAGCGGGCGCUGGGUGCUGAGCCUGGCCAAGAAGAUGGAGACCAAGGCCAUCUUCACCGGCUACUACGGGAAGGGCAAGGCCGUGCCCACGCAUGGCGGCCGGAAGGGCGGCGCCCUGCAGUCCUGCGUGCUCCUCUGAGGGUGUGCCUGGUUGUGUCCAGAUUCGUUAUUUUUUACUUUAACCUACUUGUAACUUUUUAAACAUUGUGAAGUAACUGCUUGUCCCUUCCCGCCUGGCCUCCUCCCUCUAACACUCCAGUCUCAACCGUCAGGAACCUGAGCCACCAUGCUGAGGCCUGCUGCGCCCGCCCAGCCCCGGGACCACGCUGCCACCGCGCAGCCGGGGCCGGGGUGGGUCCUGAGACUCGGACUCUGUCACCCUGGCCCUGCAGGGUGUGAACGUCCCCUCCCACCAUGUCUGCAGCCCCUGGCCCUGCCCUAGUACCACCUGUGGUAGCAGCUCCCUGUCUGGGGUGGGGAACAGACAGCCCAGGAAGGGCACGAAGGGGGUGUCCACCACCUGGGAUGUCCUCUCAAGGGGGCUGGUAGCACCAGGAGCCAAAGGUGAUUCCCAGUUAGCAAGGGCACGGCUCCCCAGCCCUUGAGUCUGAGCCCGGGCGUGUGCCAAGGUCUCAAGCGCCCCCAGCCCGUGCAGUAACCGCCCUUGCUAAUAGGUGUCACGUGGGGCGAGUGCUGGGGUGAGUCACUGUCCCCUCCGCAUCCAUCGUGUCCGUCAACGACUUGCAGACUCAUAAUGAAAUAAACCGCGUUAAUCCCA